GACAAGAUGGGAGUAACUGCCUUAAAACAAACAAGCAAACAAACAGGGGAGAGACUUGCAUAAAAAUUAUUAUAAUGAUACUCUUUUUCCUUCUAUUACUAAUGGUACUGAAUGAUACACUUGUAAUUUUGGAAAAUUACCUUUGGGCACCUGUAUGUGGCAGGGUCCAGAAUACAAGAGGAGAGAGGAGGAACACUGAUGUCUAUGGAAAGGGUGUGAUCAAAGACAAAGGAGAGGGAGAAAAUUGGAUGACCCACAACAACGGCUCCGGCAACAGCUUAGAAGUCACAGUUGAUCAUGUGAAGAAAGGCAAAGUAGGUUCUAAGCCUGAUCUCAUUUCCAUGGAGACCGUGCAGAAAUGCAGACUGAAUCCAAGCCGGCUUCUGGCAUUUUAAACUGUUGUAUGGCAUACAAUGUCGGUCUCCCGGAAGCAAAGAUAUUUUCUGGUCCUUCAAGUGAACAGUUUGGCUAUGCGGUGCAGCAGUUUCUAAAUCCAAAAGGCAACUGGUUACUGGUUGGUUCACCUUGGAGCGGCUUUCCUGAGAACCGAAUGGGAGAUGUCUAUAAGUGUCCUGUUGAUCUAUCCACUGCUACGUGUGAAAAACUGAAUUUGCAAACUUCCACAAGCAUUCCCAAUGUUACCGAGAUGAAAACCAACAUGAGCCUUGGCUUGACGCUCACAAGGAAUGUGGGAACCGGAGGAUUUCUUACAUGUGGUCCCCUGUGGGCACAGCAGUGCGGAAGCCAAUAUUACACAACUGGUGUCUGUUCUGACGUCAGUCCCGAUUUUCAGCUCUUGGCCAGCUUUUCACCUGCAGCUCAGACCUGCCCUUCCCUCAUAGAUGUUGUGGUUGUGUGCGAUGAAUCAAACAGUAUUUAUCCCUGGGAGGCAGUAAAGAAUUUUUUGGAGAAAUUUGUACAAGGCCUCGAUAUAGGCCCCACAAAAACACAGGUGGGGUUAAUUCAAUAUGCCAAUAAUCCAAGAGUUGUGUUUAACCUGAACACUUUUAAAACUAAAGCUGAGAUGGUUGAAGCGACAUCCCAGACAUUCCAAUUUGGUGGGGACCUCACAAAUACCUUCAAAGCAAUUCAAUAUGCGAGGGAUUCUGCUUAUUCAGCAGCCGCUGGUGGACGGCGAGGUGCUACGAAAGUCAUGGUGGUUGUAACUGAUGGUGAAUCACAUGAUGGUUCCAUGUUGAAAGCCGUGAUUGAUCAGUGCAACAGUGACAAUAUACUGAGGUUUGGCAUAGCAGUUCUUGGGUACUUAAACAGAAACGCCCUUGACACUAAAAAUUUAAUAAAAGAAAUUAAAGCAAUUGCCAGUAUUCCAACAGAAAGGUACUUUUUCAAUGUGUCUGAUGAAGUAGCCCUACUAGAAAAGGCUGGGACAUUGGGAGAGCAAAUUUUCAGCAUCGAAGGCACCGUUCAAGGAGGAGACAACUUCCAGAUGGAAAUGUCACAAGUGGGAUUCAGCGCAGAUUACUCUCCUCAAAAUGAUAUUCUGAUGCUGGGUGCAGUGGGAGCUUAUGGCUGGAGUGGGACUGUUGUCCAGGAGUCAUCUCAUGGACAUUUGAUCUUUCCUAAACAAGCCUUUGACCAAAUUCUGCAUGACAGAAACCACAGCUCAUAUUUAGGUUACUCUGUGGCUGCAAUUUCUACUGGAAAAGGUGUCCACUUUGUUGCUGGUGCUCCUCGGGCAAAUUAUACUGGCCAGAUCGUGCUGUACAGUGUUAAUGAGAAUGGCAACAUCACAAUUAUUCAGACUCACAGAGGUGACCAGAUUGGCUCCUAUUUUGGUAGUGUGCUGUGUUCAGUGGAUGUGGAUAAAGAUGCCAUCACAGAUGUGCUCUUGGUAGGUGCACCGACGUACAUGAAUGACCUAAAGAAAGAGGAAGGAAGAGUCUACUUGUUUACUAUCACAAAGGGCAUUUUGAAUUGGCACCAGUUUCUUGAAGGCCCUGAUGGUGUUGAAAAUGCUCGGUUUGGUUCAGCGAUUGCGGCUCUUUCAGACAUCAACAUGGAUGGCUUUAAUGACGUGAUAGUAGGCUCGCCUUUGGAAAAUCAGAACUCUGGAGCUGUGUACAUCUACAAUGGUCAUGAGGGCACUAUUCGCUUGAAGUAUUCCCAGAAAAUCCUGGGCUCCGACGGAGCCUUUAGGAGCCGUCUCCAGUACUUUGGGAGAGCCGUGGAUGGCCAUGAAGAUUUAAACGGAGAUUCCAUCACCGAUGUGUCCGUUGGUGCCUUUGGACAAGUGGUUCAGCUCUGGUCACAGAGUAUUGCUGAUGUAUCUGUAGAUGCUUCAUUCACACCAGAAAAAAUCACUUUGUUCAACAAGAACGCUGAGAUAAGCCUCAAACUGUGCUUCAGUGCGAAGUUUAGACCUACUAAGCAAAACAGUCAAGUGGCCAUUACAUAUAACAUCACAAUUGAUGCAGAUCUAUACUCAUCCAGAGUAACCUCCAGGGGUUUAUUUAAAGAAAACAAUGAAAGGUACCUGCGGAAGAAUAUGAUAGUAAGUCAAGCUCAGAAUUGCUCUGAGUACAUCAUCCACAUACAGGAGCCUUCAGAUGUUGUCAACUCUUUGGGUCUGUGUGUGAACAUUAGUCUGGAAAACCCUGGCACUAGCCCUGCGCUUGAAGCUUACUCUGAGACUGCCAAGGUCUUCAGUAUUCCUUUCCACAAAGACUGUGGUGAUGAUGGAGUUUGCAUCUCUGAUCUAGUUCUCCAUGUCCAACAGCUGCCAGCUUCUCAAGAACAACCCUUUAUUGUCAGCAACCAAAACAAAAGGUUAACAUUUUCAGUAACACUGAAAAACAAAAAGGAAAGUGCAUACAACGCUGGAAUUGUUGUUGAUUUUUCAGAAAAUUUGUUUUUUGCUUCCUGGUCCAUGCCGGUUGAUGGGACAGAAGUAACAUGCCAGGUUGCUUCAUCUCAGAAGUCUGUUACCUGUGAUGUAGGCUACCCUGCUUUAAAGAGAAAACAAAAGGUGACUUUCACUAUUAACUUCGACUUCAAUCUUCAAAACCUUCAGAAUCAGGCAUCUGUCAGUUUCCAAGCCAUGAGUGAAAGCCGUGAAGAAAACAAGGCAGAUAAUUCAGCCAACUUCAAAAUUCCUCUGCUGUAUGAUGCUGAUAUUCACAUAACAAGAUCUACCAACAUAAAUUUUUAUGAAGUGUCCUCGGAUGGGAAUGUUUCUUCUAUCGUGCACAAUUUUGAAGAUAUUGGUCCAAAAUUCAUCUUCUCCAUUAAGGUAACCACAGGAAGUGUUCCAGUAAGCAUGGCAUCUGUAAUCAUCCACAUCCCUCAAUACACCAAAGAAAAGAAUCCAUUGAUGUACCUGACUGGGGUGGACACAGAUCAGGCUGGUGACAUCAGUUGUAAUGCCGAAAUAAAUCCACUGAAAAUAGGACAAACGCUGUCUUCAGUAUCUUUCAAGAGUGAAAAUUUCCGGCACAUAAAAGAAUUGAACUGCAGAACGGCUUCAUGUCGUAACGUGACCUGCUGGCUGACAGACCUUCAGAUGAAGAGCGAAUACUUCCUCAACGUCUCGACCAGAAUUUGGAACGGGACUUUUGCAGCAUCGACUUUCCAGACAGUACAGCUGACAGCAUCUGCAGAAAUCGACACCUAUAACCCUCAGAUAUAUGUGAUCGAAGAAAACACAGUCACGAUUCCCAUCACCAUCAUGAAGCCCCAUGAGAAAGCCGAAGUACCAACCGGAGUUAUAGUGGGAAGUGUAAUUGCUGGAAUCCUUUUGCUAUUAGCUCUGGUUGCAAUUUUAUGGAAGCUCGGCUUCUUCAAAAGAAAAUAUGAAAAAAUGGCCAAAAACCCAGAGGAGAUUGACGAGACCACAGAACUCAACAGCUGAACCUCCCGGCAAUUCUCACUGUGGUGCAAAUUGACAGCAUCUCGGCCUGGGUUUGCAAUUUACAUGAAAGGAUUUUUUUUAAAUCCCAGCAUUUUAUUAUAAUACGUAAACCAGCCUGAUAUUUUAGGAAAACUGCAGGUCGGUUUGGAAAGAAGAAAUGGGAUGUGGGGGGUGAGGGCUAGGAGAAGAAAGGGGAAAAGACUUAUAUGGGGGAAAAGUGAUCUUUACACUGGCUGGUCCAGAGUUUACAUUGCAACGUACCGUACAUUGUGUUAGAAACGUGAAAUGCUUCCAAACGUGACAAGUCUUAAAAAUAUAACCUUUCUCAGUGUUGGGGGAAAAAAACAAUCAUUUAAAAUGGUUUUUAAAUAGCAACAACGUAAGUGGAAGUAGUCCACUUGUGGUAUAGAUAUGUAAUUAGCUUGGAUACUGGUGUUGAGAUGGGGAAAAAGACAACAUAGGCCUUCAAGUGAGGCUGUGCAUCCAAAGUUGCCACAGAGAUGAUAUUGUGAUAAUUUUGUUUAUAAACGAGGUAAAAUGUGCUGUUGUCAGCCCACAGCCACCUCCUCAGAAUCCCUUUCUUGCUUGACUAACUGGUAGGAGCCUAGAAUGUGCUUCCUGUGGAGGACGUUUCGAUUUUAGGGUGGGGGGGUAGGAAAUAGUUUAGAGGCCAAAGCACAAAAUUUUGUUUAAAAUCUGUAACCACAUUUACGGUACAACCCUGUCCACUGGAGGCCCAGCCUGUGCCAGAGGAAGUUGGAAGUUCCCUUUCUCUUUUAGGCUGCACAGCUGGCCAACUUGACUGGUGGGCUGACAGGGAUCUAGUGAAUUUUUGAAAGAUGAGUAAUUUUGUUGGCAUCCUUCCUCCUUCUGUACUGAACCGUUCUCCCACCUGCUGGUGCCCCCAUGUUCUAGAAGCCCGUUGGAGCCUGCCUUCCCAUCCACUACUCCGGGGUUAUCCACCUUCCUUCACCCCUCGUCCUAAUCCCCCAUUCCCUCUGGGCAGCUGCUCGAUACCGGGUGUGAGGAGAAGUCACCUGUUUAACUUACAUAUUUGCACGAAUUACUGUAUAAUCCCCUUCACUUCAGGGAACUCUUUUCAUUUAUUGCUAAACAAGUAAGAAAAAUAAGCUUGAAUGAAUUUCUAAUUGUUGGGAUUUCAGGCAGUGUAAACAAGGCAAAGGAAAACAUCAUCUCAGGAAUUUGAGAAGUUAUAACAACAUUGGAAACCACCAAAUUAGCAGGCGCACCCUCUAUGCUCCUCUGUUUCUGGAGGACUGAAACUUCCAGAAGAAUGACUUUCACCUGGGCAAGUUUGUUCACAAAGUAGAUGCUUAGGCCCCAAAUCCCGAGAGUCUGAUUUGGUGGGGUUGAGAUGAGGCCCGGGAACCUGGUUUUAACAAGCGCCCCAGUCUUUAUGAUGUAAAUGGCCCACCUUGAGGAACACCACCCAUUUCCACUUUCGGACCUUCUUUUCUCUUUUUCUGAGCCCACAUAUUCUCUAGGAGGGACUGGGAGGAAAAGGGCACAGGCAAAAACAGUGGGGGCUAUUUGAUGUCAGAAACUGCCUAACCAAAGCUUCAGACAAGUCACUGACCUCUAGAAACUUCAGUGUCCUCAUGAUCGAAUGGGAAGACUGGGUUGGUGCUCAGCAGCGACGCUUUUAGCUUUAAAGGUCUGCAAUCUGGAUUUCUUAUAAUACAAGACAAUCCUCCAAGAAUUUGAAGUCAGAGGAAAACAGGUAUUUGCCCAUGUGCAUCUGGCCUUGACGGCCUCCUGGCCUCGCCCCUGCCGUGGCAGUCCAGAGCUAUCUGCACUGUUUAAUGAUUUAUUUUGUAUUUGACAAGACAAACAAGGAAGAAAAAAACAAUUAAUCAAAAAAUGUCGGGUUUAUAGCACGAUAUUCUCUAGUUAGAUGUGCUAGAGCUCAAUUCUUAUAACAACUGUAUGGAUUCACUGUUUCUUUCCAAUAAAAAUUUUAUUUAAACAAUGUGGAGGAGAACCUAGUCGCUAAGUUGAUAGAGAAUAUUUAACAAACCAUGUAACUGCUGUAUAUAUGUAUAUACAUACUCAUUCUUCAGUGUGUUAUACGACAGAUUAUAGCACGUCAUCCUUUUAUUUUACUCUGCCUCACCUUCCUUAGACAAGCACUAAACUGAGGUCUCAUACACAGUGAGCUUAAGGGCGUGACGAGCCUUGGUCUAGGUAACCUGCCUUGACGGCACUGUCUCCACGAAGUAGCUGGAUUACUAGACACUAAAACAUUAGCCCCUUGUGUCUGCACCGUUUAUGACACUAGGACGGGGUUUUUCAACCUUGGCACUAUUGACAUUUGGGGCAGGUAAUUCUUUCUUAUGGGGACUGUCCUGUGCCUUGAAGGACGUUUAGCAGCAUCCUUGGCCUCUCCCAUCCAGAUGCUAGGGAACACCCUCUCCCCCAAGUCAUGACAAUCAAAAAAUGUCUCCAGACAUUGUAUGACGCCUCCUAGGAGGGAAAGUCACCUCGACUAAGAACUGCGCACUAAAAGUGGGUGGCCUCAAUAGGCCACACCCGUCACACCGUGAUCAGAUCACAGGGUGAGGCAGAGGCGCUGGGGAGGAGAAAUUCUCAAGCACUUUUAAGCAAAGGUAAUUAUCCAGGAAAUUAAAGGAAAAAGAAUUGUUUGAACAAAAGUUACGUAUUCCUAUUAAGCCAUACUUUUGUUUUAAAAGUAGAGUAUGGGGCUUACAUGAUGCCAUCUUAAAGUUUCCAUUUCAUAAAUGGUAGAUCUGCAGAAUGUGAUAAAAACUGACCUGCUUCACGCAUGGCUGCCGCACCAGCCUUAUGAAAUAACACAGUGAAAUAGUUUGUGAAGAAACUGCAUUGAGAUUUGAAAUUGUGCAUCGUUCGUUUAGCAGCAAAUGAGAAUUCCUAACUCGACAGAACUUUUUUCUAGCUGGUGGUGUUAUUUUUAUAAAAUAGUAAAAGUUAUCUGUUAACUGUGAAAAGAAAACUAAAACCAAUUAUCAUAAUCACACAAGUGAUUGUAUGAAAAAUUAUUAUAAAAGGUGUAAUUUUAUAAUGUAUUUAUCUAUUCUGAUAUACAGCUAUAACUUAAUAUAUGAAAAUCUUAUAAAUUAAGACGUUAAACAGAAAGCAAGAUUCCUCAGACUGAGACCUCUGGUCCAUCUUUAACAUUUCAAUUUGCACACAGAAAAUAACUGUAUGCACAACUUUUUAGGACUAUGCCCUUCAUGUAUGUUAAUGCAUACUCAUUUUAAUCAAUUUAUGAAAGACUAAACAUUUAGAAGUAAAAGGUAAACAUAAGGGUAAAGUUUGAAAUAAAUAAUAAUGUUAACUACUUCUUUGAACUUUAAAGAAUGAAAAUGUAGCCAUUAUGUAAAUAUAAAAAGAGGGUUUCAUAUGUACCUGAUUUAUUUUGGCACAUAAAGUCAAAAUAUGAAUGUGUAUAUAUGUGUGUAUAUAUAUUGCACAACUGUUAGAAUUGUAUAUUUUUUAAAGACAUUGUCUUGGACGUUUUCCUUCAUACAUAAUGUAUAAAUUUUUGUUAAGAUGUGAUAUGUAUAUUGCUUUGUUUGAUUAACUGGUUUUUGUCUUUUUUCUCUCAGUCGAAGAUAUAAAAACGAAUGUAUGCAUGUCUGUACAUAAAGUUGCACGAUUCACUUGAUUUCUGAAAAACAAAAAUCAGAUUGGAGUAGUAAUCAACAUAAAUUACUUAAGAGCUUUUCUCAUAUUAAAGUCGGAGAAUCAAACAGAAAAGUAUUUAAUUGUAAACCACUCUUGUCAUACCACGUUACUGGAUAUCAUUAAAACCAUUCUGAAACUAAA